AUGGAGCCCGUCUCAGCGCUAUUCGGAGUGAUGGCCGCCAUCCCGCAAUGCAUCCAGUCCGCCAAGAGUCUGUACGACCUCCGUUCGCGCUACAAGGACGCCUCGAUCCUCAUUACCGCCAUCUACUCCGAGUCAAUGGUCAUUGCAGCAUCUCUCUCUCAGGUGCAGAACCUGCUGCAACACGAUGCCCUGCAAAACAAGCCCCAGCUACUCGAAACGUUUGACCGAGCGCUGACGGGAUGUCGAGUGGUAUACGGGUGCUUGGAGGAAGAAGUCCGAGACCUUGUGGUAAAGGCAGAGGAAGACGACUUGAAGUUCAAGGACCGAGCCAAGUUUUUGUGGAAGGAAGACACGUUCAAAGAGCUCCUGCAGCAGAUUCGAGGCCAGCAGUCGGCAUUGAGCUUGCUGAUACAAGGCUUGCAGAUGGAGUCAAUUGCAGAUAUUAGGUUAUUGGUUGAAGCCAACAGCAGCAAGCUAGACCAGGUGGUCAAGCGUUCCAGGACCCUGCGCCAGUCACAUCCUCGCAUUCAGGUGCCAGAUUCACUAUUCAGCCACACGUAUUCAAAAGAGGAUGCUGCGGAUGCGGAUUCCAUCAUCAAGUCUACUGAAUUUAGUUUCGACGAUGAGGUCAUCAACUCGAAAGCUUAUCGGCGUGCAAUGGCCAUGUACGCUUCACAGACUGGAAAUAAGGCACCUCCAAGCCUGGAAAAGGAUAUCCUAGACGAUGAUUUGGAUGCUUCCACAAUCAAGAAUGAGAUCGUCGACUAUGAGAAGGACCCUGUGGUGCAAACUGCUUCGGAGGAUGUGCGCAUAACGGCGGACGAAGAGCACAGCCCCGAAGUUACGGAUGCUCAAUCUGACGCCCUAGACUCAAUUGAGCAUGCCGUGCUCCCUUAUAUGCCUCGUAUGACUUCAACGGCGCCAUACCUUACGUCUCGAGUUGGUAUUGUCAAUGUUCCCAAAGAACGCUCAAACAGUACACCGCUCCCUACGUUAUCGCGACCAAAUCGUGAGGAAUUUCAAGCGAUCGUUAAAAGUACACCUCCACUACCUCCACGCCGCCCAAGCGGGCAACAAUUGCGUACACAGGGAUUUGUGAAUCCCACACCAAAAGCGCGUUCGGCAUCGUCUGACAGUGUCUUGACUCCAGGCACGCCUUUGUCAACGUCAACGACCUCGUCUUACACCAUAUAUGAGUACUCAGACCAGAAUGUCAACACAUCAAGAAGGCCUGUUCGGAAACCAUUACCAUUGGUUCACAAAGCAUCCCAUGACAUUCUUGGAAGUAUUCGUAUCCCAUCAUAUGUAUCUGAACCAUCCAUGAUGGUUUCCUCUCCACGUUCUACUGAGAUGCAUGACAUCUGGACAUCACUUAUAGAUUGUGAACAAAAGUUUAUCGAGAGAAUGACAAAGCUUCGCACGAUAUUUUACGACAAGGUCAUACGGGAAUGGCCACUGCUUGAGAAGCACCUAGAGGCCAUUCUUAUAGGGGCCCAACUAGCAUCGAUGAACAAAGACAUCCUGCUCGGCUGCAUGGAGUUACAAGUUUCGAAGGCUGAUAACUCCAUCUUCGACCCAUCCCUGUUCGAAAAUUGGACAAGCAAGAUACAGAAAACGUAUCGGGAAUAUUGUCAGGCGAUGCCACACACUGCGGAAUCCCUACGAGCCACUCAGAAUGCGGACUUGAAGUUCUCACCCUUUGUUAAUACUUUGGGGCUGAGUAUUAUCAGUUUUGGCAUGGGCUGGGAGGACUAUUUAAGCUUACCUCUUUCUCAGCUAGAAGUCUAUCGAAACAAACUUCAAAAUAUGCUCGACGCUUCACUGUCACUCGACUCCUCGACGGCGGAAAAAGGAACGGCACGCAUAGAAAAGGCUUUGGACGCGGUGAAGGGGCUUCAAUCGCUCAGCCAUUCUCUUCUUGAAGAAGCUCAAAGUCGAGAGGACAUACAGAACUUGGAGCGACGCUUGACCACCAUGGACUCGGACUACCUCUCUCGGCUUCGACUUCUCAAUCCGGCUCGCCGCGUAAGACACCAAGGGGUUAUGGCAAUGAAGCUCAGGAGUCAAGGGCAAUGGAUAUCGAUCCAUGUCGUGCUUUUUGACAACUUUCUCCUGUGGGGAAAACUCAAAACGCAAAGGAAAAACAAGGAAGAAAAUAUCAUGGUGCUAGAAGCUCCCAUUCCCCUUGAUGAACUUGAGAUCAACCUUCCGUGCGAUCAGCAUCAAUUCCAAAAAGCGUCCUUCUUCGACGAUAUCCCACGAGGCUCAGUGUUAUACCUCAUUCUUAUCAAAAAUAAGAGCGCUAGUGGAAAACCACAUUUGCUCGGUUCGUAUGGGUAUCAAGAGAGAACCGAGUGGAUGCAACAUUUUACUGCAGCUACUGCCGUGACAACAUAG